AUGGACCUCCCUUUGUCGCGGCUGCACAGUUCCGCCUUUUCAGACACGGAAAGGCUGGUCGCCUUCCUCAACAAGACUGAGGGGAGGGACAAGGCCACGAAGGCGCUGCAGUACGGCUGCCGGCUGCUGGCGUGGGCUUCGAGCAAUUCGAAGAUAUCGGAGAAGUUUGCCUCCCUUUGCA